CACUUUAUUGCAACUUUUCAUGUCAUCAAAGUCCCUCCUUUACAUUACUACCCUCCAAAAUCUUUUUUUUUUUUCUCCACAAAAUUCCAUAGAGAAAAAAAAUGGAGUAUUACAAUGAGAAUAGCUCCUUAGAAGAAUUAUUAUCUCUAAGAAGUGAUUCAUGGGAUACUACAAGUGUUGUCCCUAUGGAAAUGUCUGAUUUUUACAACAAUGUCCUUAACUAUGAUUCAUCAUGUUUUGUUGACAAUAAUAAUAUUCCACUUUCUUGUUCUACUACUUCUAAUUCCUUUGAAGGGUAUUCAUGUAAUUUGCCAUUUGACCACCAAAAUUUGAUAAAUUCAUUUUAUAGCCCAUUUUGUGAUGAAUUGUCUCCACCUGAGCUUACUGAUAAUACAUCUUCAUUCCCUUCUCAAGAAGAUUUUUCAUCAAUUUUGGAUGAUGAAGUUGGGAACUAUAGUUUCCAAAAUUUGGAAAUGGGGAAUAAUAAUGCAAAUACUAAUAAUAACAAUGUUGUUAUUCCUUGUAAAUUGGAGGAAAUUCAAGUGUGUGAAGGUACAACAGCAGCAGCUGGAGGUACAAGUUUCAAUAUUGGUUUGUGUCCAGAAAUUAGAAAAACAAAAUCAAAGAAAAUUGAUGGACAACCUUCAAAGAAUUUAAUGGCUGAGAGAAGAAGAAGAAAAAGGCUUAAUGAUAGACUCUCUAUGCUUAGAUCAGUUGUUCCCAAGAUUAGCAAGAUGGACAGAACUUCAAUACUUGGGGAUACUAUAGACUACAUGAAGGAGCUACUAGAGAAAAUCAACAAGUUGCAAGAAGAAAUGGAACUUGAACCAAAUCAACUAAGCUUGAUGAGCAUUUUCAAAGAUGUAAAACCCAAUGAAAUGCUUGUGAGAAAUUCACCUAAGUUUGAUGUGGAAAGGAGGGGUGUUGACACAAAAGUGGAGAUAUGUUGUGCAGGGAAACCUGGUCUUUUGUUAUCAACAGUGACCACAUUAGAAGCCUUAGGCCUAGAGCUUCAACAAUGUGUAAUAAGCUCCUUUAGUGAUUUUGCAAUGCAAGCUUCUUGUUCUGAGGGAAUGGAGCAGGGAGGAGUUGUGAGUUCAGAAGACAUAAAACAAGCAUUGUUCAGAAAUGCAGGAUAUGGAGGAAGGUGUUUGUAGGCCAUAUGGACUAAAUCUAGAAGAGAUAAAGGAAAAAAAAGUUUGAUGUAUUUUAUUUUUUUGUUGUUUACUUGGUAGAUUCUUUGGAUCUGUGCCUUUUGACAAGUUAGGAUCUUUUUUUUUCCUCAUCAAAGUGGGAUGUUGUAGUAGAUUUUUGUGAUUUUUCUCAUCCAAAAAUAAGUGGCUUAUAUCAAUGCAAAAAGAAAAAAAAAUACUAAUUGGGUUUUGUUCA